AGGUUCUCCCAGACCAGCCUCUGCCACCGUUCAAGACACAUACUUCGCUCUCCUUCGAGUCCCUGCGCUAUUAUGUCCCAGUCGCUCGCCAACAUGAUCGUUGACAACAACACUCAUUUCUUUGAAGGCGUGGAGAAAUUACUGGAAGUGUGGUUCACGCGGAAGGAUGGAAUGACUUCGAAUUGUGAUCUGAGGAAAGUGCCAAGGUCUCGUCUGGAGGAGGUCAUGCAGACAGUGAAGUGUGAGAUCAUCUCCAUGACUUCGACGGAUGAGCUGGAUGCCUACGUGCUGAGUGAAUCAAGCAUGUUCAUCUCUGCUCGUAGAUUUAUCCUGAAAACUUGUGGAACGACGACUCCCUUGUGCUGUCUGCCACUCCUGAUGUCAUUAGUGAAGGAGUAUGCAGGAUAUGACUCAGUCCAGGACCUCUACUAUACCCGUAAGAAUUUCAAGAGGCCAGAACUUCAGGUGUCUCCUCAUCGUACAUUUGAGGAGGAGGUGUCCAUCCUGGAUCAGAUGUACCCAGGGGGUCGAGCUUACUGCAUGGGUAGCGUCAACCGUCCUGACUGCUGGUACUUGUACACUGUGUCACCAGGACGUUCUCGCUAUCAUCCUAAUGCUGCUCGUCAGAAUCUUCCUCAUAAUAGGCUGGGGAAAGCACACCGUGAACCGGAUCAGACACUAGAGGUGCUGAUGAUGAACUUGGACCCGGAAAAAAUGAAAUGGUUCUAUAAAGAAGUUUGUCCUACGGCAGCUGAGGCCACAAAGAAAUCGGGCAUUGAUCGUCUCAUCCCAGAUGUCAUGAUUGAUGACUUUCAAUUUGAUCCAUGUGGAUAUUCCAUGAAUGGACUGAUGCGCAGUGUGCCGGGUGGAUACAUGACUAUCCACAUUACACCUGAGCCUGAGUUCUCCUAUGUGUCCUUUGAGACCAACAUCCCACAGAAGUCAUACAAGGAUCUCAUUUCUCGUGUUGUGUCUACAUUUGGACCCCAGCAAUUUGUCCUCACAUUUUUCAAGAGUCUUGAGAACGGUGCAAGCAUUGGUGUUGAGGAGGAUAACUACAGUGUCCCACAAUACUCAGACUAUGAUGUUGAUGAUGUGCAAAUCUGUCGCCUCCAGGGAUAUGACCUGACUUACGCUCUCUACAACAGGUUCCCAAGUUAGGGAAUCGUCCCCCAAGUAGAGCAGCUUGGGAUCCCCUUGACAGUGGUCAAUAUUGUAAGUCACGGUACUGCUCACCUGGCUAAGGAAGAUGGACUAAUGGUAAAUGUGGGAACCAGGAAUUUUACUGGUUUCAUUGGUCAUGCGAAAGUGGAAAAGACACAUGGUGUAUUCAAGUUUAUCAGAUUGUCAAGGGGAUGCCAACUGCUCCGAUUCUUAUUUUGCAUUCUAAUUAUUGGGACUGUUUUCCCUACAGUAGAUAGAAUAGCAGUAGGAAAAGGAUUGGUUCGAUAUUCCAAGAACAAUCUUAUUAAUGCAUGUACCCAAUUUGGGCAGUUAUCUUUAACAAACUUCUGCAUUCUUUCCAUCGUGAAUCCGAGUCUCUUGUUUUUAAAUUUAGACAUUAACUUCUACUCCUGUCACAUUCUUGUGUUGAGAUCAUUUCGCCACUUAGGAGAGGACUUUCUCUGGUGGCGAGAUGCGUAUUCCUGAGAUGGCUCUAACGCAGAAAUGAAUGUGACCAGAGGAUAAACUGCUUCUGUGGCAGACAAAGCCACCCUCAGCUUGAGGUGAUUGUUACACCAUGCUAGACUGGACGUAGCAGAUGUAACUGAAAGAUCCCCCAGUUGUUGAAGGGUGAGAGGCAAGAAGAGUCGAGGCUCUCAGCACAGCAAGGUCAGUCAUGAUGUAAAAGUGACGCAGGUUGACCAAGGGCUUUGCAGAAGGAAAUGAAAUUAUGGCUGGUGGAAAUUGGGUGUUUGGUGAUCAGAUUGUUGUUAAUGCUUGUCAGUAGAGUGGUUACAAAGUCAGCUUUCAUAGGUCUGAUGUUAGCUGUAUAAUUAUUGACAAGCUAAACUGGUCACAAAUAAUUUUUGUUUGUGUUUUUCUUUUUUAAUUGUGAAUUAAGAAAUUUGAUGUAAAUGCUUAAGAGAUUAAGGGAAGGAUUUUUCUUUACUUCACUUCAUUUUAUAACAAAACUACUAAUACUACACUAAGAAAGAAAAUAACUAAAGUAAAUCCAAAACAAAAAAAACUAUAAAACAGUUCUCAUGAGCUAUACAGAUAUUUUUCUUUUAACUAAGACGAACCCAUACUCCUCCUCAAAUUAUCAUCUAUUUAGCUUUCAGAGCAAAAGGACAGAGCGCAGAAUACAAGAAGGGAGCAAAUAGGCUUUGAGGAAUGGGGUACAGUCUCAGACAGUAUAGAGUUUAGUUCUAAAAUUUUCAUGAGUAGUUAUCGUGUGGGCCAGACAGGAAAAUAUGUUUUUACAUAUGCAAGUUCAUGAAUCAGUGAGUAGGCAAUGGAAACCAACAUAAGAUGAUCAUUACAAUAGCUGCAUAGAAUGCAUUGCAACAACAACAACAGAAAUUCCAAUCUGGAUGCUGGGGACACCUUAACACUGGCUUCUUCCAAUAAGGUGAUAAUUAAGACUUACUGUUACUCUGUGUGAAGAGCUCUGCAAACUGCUAUUACCUGCCUACACAAAAGAUGUGUCAUAAGAAGAGCACUUCAAUUAAAUGCUUUAAAAAACACACACACAAAAAAAAACAAAAACAAAAACAAAAAAAAUGCAAACAAACUACACAAAAUAACUUUAUAAUAUGGUAUGUCAAGAAACACAAUAAAUCAAGAUGUUUUCUUUGUAUGCACAAAAGUCCUUUUAUACUGAAAUAAAUAUACACUGGAUAAUAUUCUCCUAAUUGAUGGCCCUAAACAUGUAUAGUGAUUGGUUAUUUCAACUGCAUAAAUAAACAGUCGUGAUGUACUGUGCAAUCCAAUCUCUCAAUCUCUUGUGUUGCAUCUAGAGGAUAAAUUUUCAAUAUUGUUUUUGCAUGUGUUGGAUAUUAUACUUAUUUCAAAAGUUUGAGUUCAUGAACAGUUGAUUCAAGUAUUGUGCAUUUUUUUUUCUCAUUUAAACUGAUAUACUUUUGUAACAGGAUAUAUGAAAGACAAGAAUUGUGUUUAUUCAAAGCAUAUGCCAAAAAGGUAAGAAUCUCAUUAUUUCUUGCUAUCUUUCUUUGUCACUUGCUGAUAAAUAACAGGCUGGUAAAAUAAAUUAAACUGAAACUCUACUGGAGAACAUUACAAUAAGCUUAUAAAUCUUUUAAGAUAGAUAUUAAGAUUAAAAGACCAGUAACAUUUAUCAUUGAUAAUAAUAGCAGGGUGAGAUUCGAUCUGAGAUAUACAAACACAAAAUUACUUAACAAAAUUAUUUAAAAAUGUAUUUUGUUUGGAUGGAUUGAAAAGAAUAGCCCAAGUAUGAAUGAAAUAUUUGUGUUUUUUUAAUUUUAUUGUAGCCUUAAUGUUAAAACAGUUCAAUAUGUAUUUAGUUAUUAAUGCAUAUACCAGUACACAUGUUUAUGUUUACGAAAUUUGAAACGUUUUGCAAAAGAAUGAAGAGUAAAAUAUGUUAAACAUUGUAAUGUGUGUGUGUUUAUAUAUAUAUAUAUAUAUAUAUAUAUAUAUAUAUAUAUAUAUAUAUAUAUAUAUAUAUAUAUAUAUAUAUAUAUAUAUAUAUAUAUAUAUAUAUAUGUAUGUAUGUAUGUAUGUAUGUAUGAAUGUGUGUAUGUAUGAAUGUGUGUAUGUGUAUAUGUAUGUAUAUGUAUAUGUACAUAUAUAUAUAUAUAUAUAUAUAUAUAUAUAUAUAUAUAUAUAUAUAUAUAUAUAUAUAUAUAUAUAUAUAUAUAUAUAUAGUAUAUAUCUCAUCGCAUGGAUAUGUAUUAGCCAUUUUCCUAUUAGUACUGUUUUGAAAAUAAAAUAAUAAUGCUGGUUGUGUAAUUUGUAAGUUUUUUUCCCAAAACUAUUAGAAUGAAAAUGCAUUAUUUGUAAUAAAUUUCCUAGAUAUGAUAUGUGCACAAUUUAUGCAGUGAUGACAGAAACAUGUUUAACCCCAUAUUAAUGACUUGGCAGUAAAUGUCUUUUUUAAUAUAACUAUAGGUAUAAGGAAGUUUCACAAUACUCAUGCAUAGUAAUUCAGAGCGGUGUUAAGUUUGUUUCAUGAAUAAAGAUUGUUUGGUAUAAUCCAAAGAUUGCAAUAUCAUGUAAAUUUUAUUUAACAUGUAAUGUACCUGUGUAUGAAUACUAUACAUAAUAGAUAAUAUAAAGUACAGAGCA